AAAAAAAAAAAAAAGAAAAGAAAAAGGGGAAAAAACGUCCCGUUUAAGAUGCGUAGUGAGCAAUAAAAUAGCAGUCAUGGGUUACCUGUGACUUCACGCGGCGGGGUGGGAAAAGGCCGAAACUUCAGAGCGGCUUGUCACAGUUUUGCAAAGACACAGGGGGAAAAAAAAGUCUGAGCUUCUGAGGCGGACGCUCAACUCCGGCACGUCAAGUGGUUGCUGCUUCAGACAAAUCAGUGAUGAUUCCCGAUGCUGAAUAGUCUACUACCCUCCGCGCUUGCCAGACCGCUCCUGCAUUUUAAUAUCACAGAGCCAACUUUGGGAAGUCCACACUGGCUUUCAGAAAUUGCGGCCGGGCGCCUUUCGCUUUUGCUUUUUAAAUGCACUGGUGUGAUUUUAAAUACUGUUUUACUGGGUGGAUAUAAGAAAACGUCAACCAAAAAAAAAAAAAAUGAAAAGCUGUGACAAAUUGCACCAACUGAAUUAUUAUAGAUUCUGGUGAUCGACGGGAGAGAAAAUGAAGGGGUGUUCUGACCUGUCGACCCUGAUUGAUUACUUAUUGCAUAUCCCCCUUGGGGACAGUGGAGUACUUGCGUGAACGCACCGUUCCCUUUCGACCCAUGCUUAAGUGUUUUACUUUUUGCUUAAGGGGCAAAAAAGGGGGUCGUGGCUUAACAUUAUAAGGGGAAAAAAAUAACAGCAUCGCGUUAUUGGUUUGUCAGGCAAGAAUCUGUUUCUUUGACAAGCUGUUAUAAAAAUCAAGUGGAAGAGCCGGUGAAGAGGAAUAUUCUUGAGAUAACACCCGAGACUUUAUUUAUUUCUUCUCAUUGUUUGUUUCUGUAAGAAUUCAUCAUUGCUCCCCCUUGAAAAUGAAACUUUGGACAAUUCUCCCAUGGCUUUCCUGCCUUGCGAUAUUCGUCUUGAGUUCUGGAUCAGAGUGCGGGACGGUCUGGACAAAGGGAAGAUCUAAAAGGGAACUGGUGCGCAUUAGGGAAGCCAGAACUACCUUCCCUGGGGCUUGUGCUACACGCUUGCCCCGGGGCAAACGCUCCUUGCCCGGAGUGGACCGCCGAUCGCCUCACCAGCACCGUCGCUCCUCCCAAGCGCAGGAGAGUUCUCUGGGUCGGGGGAAAGCUGUUUAUUUUACGGGCAGGGGAGACCAGAUACGACUUAAGCCCAAUGUGGAGAUACCCCGAGGAAAUUUCACCCUGGAAAUGUGGAUCAAACCGGAGGGAGGCCAGCGAUCCCCUGCUGUAAUCGCAGGUCUAUAUGAUAAGUGCUUCUAUGCCUCCAGUGACCGCGGCUGGUUGCUGGGCAUCAAGGCUGUGAGUGAGCAGGGCAACCGGGACCCGCGCCUGUUUUUCUCUCUGAAGACGGACCGCGCCCACAAAGCCACGUCUAUCACCUCCAAUGCGCGGUACCUUCCCAACCAGUGGUCCCACGUGGCUGUAACCUACAACGGACUGUACAUGAAGCUGUUUGUGAACGGUGCCCAGGCAGCGGUGAGUCGUGAGCAGUCCGGCGAGGUCUUCAGCCCUCUCACCAAGAAGUGCAAAGUGCUGAUGCUGGGUGGUAAUGCCCUUAGCCACAAUUACAGAGGCUCUGUGGAACAUUUCAGCCUGUGGCGUCAGGCCCGGUCCCAGCUGGAGAUCGUGAGGGACAUGCACAGCCGCCAGCCACAUGGUGACCUUUCUCAACUGGUCUUGAACGAGAUCUUUGAAUACCCAGCGCGCAAGUGGCUGACGGUGAAGGACGGCUCCUUCCCCCAAGCGGAGGGCGAUUUCGGCAAGGCUGGCCCAGGUGAAGGGGUCGUGGCAGCGUCCCUGGACACAGUUCUGGAGCCGCCUCCGUGUGGCCAGACAGUCUGUGACAAUGUCGACGUGGCCACCAACUACAACCGCUUCUGGAGCUUCCGCAGACCCAAGACUGUGCGCUACCGGGUGGUUAACGUGCACGACGACACCGGCCGCAAGCCCAGCGUCACUCCGCAGCAGGUGAACCUGCAGCACCAGCACCUGAAUGAGGCCUUUGCCCCCUACAACAUCACCUGGGUGCUGAGUGAGCACAAGGUGUUCAAUUCCUCGCUGCGCGAGCGGCUGGUGCUGGCCAACUGCGACAUCAGCAAGGUGGGUGACGAGGAGUGUGACCCCGAGUGCAGCCACACCCUCACAGGCUUCGACGGAGGCUACUGUAAGAAGCAGAAGGGCAGCUGCCCCAGGCACAAGCUGGGGAACGGGCGCUGCGACCCCGAGUGCAACUGGGACAAUUACAGCUACGACAGUGGAGACUGCUGUAACCCCAACGUCACCGAUGUCACUAAGAACUGCUUCAAUCCAGCUUCGUCCCUCAGGGCUUACAUGGACGUGAAGGAGCUGAAGGAGAUUCUCAAGCUGGACGGCUCCACGCAUCUCAACGUGUUCUUCGCCAACUCCUCGGAUGAGGACCUGGCUGGGGUCGCCACUUGGCCGUGGGAUAAAGAAGCUCUGACAAAUUUAGGUGGGAUCGUGCUGAACCCCUCCUUCUACGGCACCUUUGGCCACACCCACACCAUGAUCCACGAGAUCGGCCAUAGCCUGGGCCUCUACCACGUCUUCCGCGGCGUCUCUGAGGUAGAGUCCUGCAAUGACGCCUGCCUGGAGACGGAGGCCUCUCUGGAGACGGGGGACCUGUGUGCUGACACCAACCCCACGCCCAAGUACAAGCACUGCUGGGACCCUGAGCCUGGAAAUGACACCUGCGGCCGUCGGCACUUCUCCCACACUCCCUUCCACAACUACAUGAGCUACACAGAUGACGACUGCACCGACUCCUUCACGCUGAACCAGGUGGCGAGGAUGCACUGCUACCUGGACCUGGUCUAUCAGUCCUGGCAGCCUGCCAGCAAGCCACCCCUCAUUCCCAUGCCGCCCCAGGUGGUAGGGCAGGACCAGGGUUCCAUCACGCUGGAGUGGUUCCCUCCCAUCACCGGUGACUUCUACAGCAGAGAUGUGGGAUCAGUAUGUGACAAAUGCACAGAGGGGAGGGUCCUCAUCCAGUACGCCUCCAACUCGUCGUCACCCCGCCCAUGCUCCCCCUCUGGACACUGGAGCCCCCGGGAGGCUGAGGGGCCCCCAGACGUGGAGCAAGCUUGCGAACCCAGUGUGCACACAUGGAGCCCCAAUACAGGCAUGGAGCCCAGCACUGUGGGCCCUCCACCCUGCCCGCUGCAGGGCUGCAUGCUCCAGCUGGAGUUCCCCUACCCACUGGUGCCUGAGUCGCUCACCGUCUGGGUCACCUUCUUCUCGCCUGAGGAGAGCCAGCUGCCGGCCAUUCACAACAUCCUGCUGCUGACGGUGAGCGGGCAGAACGUGUCGCUGGGGCCGGCGCAUGUCUUCUGCGACACGCCGCUCACGCUGCGCCUCUCGCUGCACGAGGAGGUGUACGGCGUGCAGUUCUUCACCACGGAGCAGCACCUGGAGAUCGACGCCACACUGCUGGCCUCCCGGCCCGACUGCCCUCUUUGCCGUGACUGCCAGCCCCUCCGCUACCGCCUGCUGCGACAUCCGCCGUUCCGCGAUGCCCCGCUGGGCCUGGACAUGCCAGACACCAGCCGCAGAUACGUGGACAGGGAUGUGAAAGCCGGGACGGUUUAUACGUACAGAGUGUUGACCUUCUCUAGAGAGAUGGAGAGUGUGCCUUCCCCCGAACUGACUCAUGAACUCGGAGCGCCUUACUGUGGAGAUGGAGUUAUUCAGAGGUUCCUCGGGGAGGAGUGCGACGACAGGAAUCCUGUGAAUGGGGAUGGCUGUUCUAGUCGGUGCAAGAAGGAGCCGUUUUUCAACUGCGUCGAUGAGCCCAGCCUAUGCUACUUCUAUGAUGGCGACGGCGUGUGUGAGGACUUUGAGCAGGAGAGCAGCGUGCGGGACUGUGGCCUCUACACUCCCAGUGGCUUCCUGGACCAGUGGGCCCAUGCAGUGGAGGUGUCCCACGAGGAACGUCUGCACUGUCCUGCUGAGGUGGCCGCUGGAUACCCCGCUCUGACCAAGACCUGCCAAUCCAAAGUGUUCGACCUAUCAGAUGGAGUGUCUCAGUACGCCUGGUUCCCCUGUCGGGAGUCACCUCAGCCGAGCUGGCAACCACAGUACUGGCUCAAGGCAUACUUCUCCCAUCCCAUGGUGGCCGCAGCGGUCAUCAUCCACCUGUCCGCCGACGGGACCAGCUACAGCGACCAGACGCAGCGCAACGUCACCGUUCAGCUGGUGGACACCAACAACCAGUUCCAUAACUUAGGAGACUGGCGCCUGAGCUGCCGGAACAACCCCCUGGUGAUCCCGGUGGUCCACGACCUGAGCGUGCCCUUCUAUCGCACUCAGGCCAUCCUGGUGCUCUUCAGUUGGCCUUUAGUGGCCAUCUCUGGUGUGGGUCUGCGCUCCUUCCAAUAUUUUGACCCCAUAACCAUCAGCGGCUGCCAGAGCAACGAGAUCUACAACCCCAUGGGUCAGAGCUGCGUGCAUUACUCCUGCGAGGCUCUCGAUUGUAUCGAGCUGCUGGUGCGAAACGCCGCUGUGCAGUGCGCCGGUCUGAAGAACUUCAACGGCGCCCGCUGCACCGUUUCCUGCGACCGCGGCUACGUGCUCCAGAUCCACCGGGACGAUGACAUCAUCAAAACCCAGUCGGACACCACAGUGACUAUCACAUGUGCCGACGGCAAGUGGAACAAGCAGGUGUCCUGUGAGCCCGUGGACUGCGGCCUGCCCGAUAAGUACCACGUGCACCCAGCCAUCUUCCACUUCCCUGAGGGCACCACCUACGGCAAGCAAUGCACCUUCCAGUGCAAGGAGCCUGCGCAGCUUGUCGGCAUGAAUAACACCCUUACAUGCAUGGAGGACGGCCUCUGGUCCUUCCCGGAGGCCCUGUGCCAGCUACGCUGCCCGGCACCCCCGCCUGUGCCCCAUGCCACAUUGCAGACCAAGCGGUGCGUCACCAACGGCCUCAAAGUCGGCUCCCUCUGCAAGUACAAGUGUGAGCCGGGAUACCACGUGGCUGGGCGGCCCAAGAGGAGGGCUUUCAAGCGGCAGUGUACAGAGGACGGCAGCUGGCUGGAAGGCUCGUGCGAACCAGUCACCUGUGAGCCGCCCCCGGCCAUCUUCUACGGGGCCUACCAGUGCACUAACGGCUUCCACUUCGACAGCAACUGCUGGAUCGACUGCGACGGCACCAGCAGCAGGGACAACCACACGGUGAGACUGCACGCUCCAUGCAAGCAGGGCCCAAGCAACAACGUCAUCCGAUGCAAGAAAGACGGAAAUUGGACAGGAUCCUUCAAACUCUGCCCUCAAGUUAAAGGACAGUGUUCACUCCCGCAGAACCUCAACCCUAAUGUCCGUGUCAGUUGUAAGAAGGGCCAUGGAAUAGGGGAGGAGUGCGAGCUAACGUGCAAGGACAGCAACAGCAACGUGGUCAUCCUGCAUGGCAACGUGACGACUGACCUCAUCAUGCGGCAGCACUGGACGAACCCCCCCAAAGUCAAGAGCAUUGUUUGUACCAUGGGCCUGCGGUGGUACCCUCACCCGGAAUACCUGCACUGCAUCAAAGGCUGUGAGCCCUUCAUGGGAGACAACUAUUGUGAUGCCAUUAACAACCGCGCCUUCUGCAACUACGAUGGGGGGGACUGCUGCCAGUCCACAGUGAAGACGAAGAAGGUGAUCCCAUUCCCCAUGUCCUGCGACAUUCGAGACGACUGUGCCUGCCGGGACCCUGACGCCCAGGAGAACAGGGAUGGGGGCCGUGCGCGCUCGCUGGGCUGAGCCGCGUGGGGGGGCUCCCCGCUCGCCCCGGGGGUGGGGAGGGGGAAACCCACCGGGAGAGCCACAUUAUCCUCCCGACAUGCUGCUUCCAGGAGAGCCUCUCCGCUCAUACUGCACCUUCUCACCUCCCGCCCGUCACCGCCCACCUUCUCACCAGGAACCGCCGAACGAGGACUCUGCAUGGCAGAGAGCGGCAUUCGCCAGAACGGGGAAAAUGGACGAAUGGGGGAAUGCUGUCUCAACAGCCUGAACCAGCGAAAGACGGAGAGGGGGAUUGAAGGGGUCUGCGGCGACAGAGGAUAACUGGGAUGUUCCGAGCGCGAUUCCAGUGAGCAUGCAGACGUGUAGUUUGGUCCCUGCUUUAUAUUUCAUUGUUACAACUGAACAAUAACCUCAUUUUCAUUACGAGUACAGGAAAGCACCAAAGCCCCCCCCCUCCCCACCCCAAAUAAAGUGUUUUUAGUGUAUUUUUCAUUCGCAAAGUGGUAUUGAAGGUACAGGUCCAGGCCAGCUGGGAUUACUUAUGAUCUUUGCUGUUGUAUAUGACCUUUGACCUUUACCCCCAGGUGACUGCGAUGAGGUCGUCUCGACCUCGGGUGUCUCUUGCUUAUCCAUCACAGGAAAGUGCUUAGUAAUCAAGGUGGUUAAGAUGCAGGGAUUUAGAUGCUAAUCUGGAUUGUGAUUGUACACCAGUGAGAAGGGGAGGGCCGAGGCGGAGGGGGGUUGAGGCAAGGGUCCCCACAGUAGGCAUGUGGCUGGGUCAGGGGUGUACUAGCACAGCUGGGCCGUGCCAGAGGAAUAAAACUUUCCGGAAGCUGGGAGAGGGAUUGGAGACAGCCAGCAACCAUCCUACUGAAAGCGGAAGAGAAAUGGAAAUGGGAGGGGGGGGGAUUAAGGACGAGAGGUGGCAAACACAGGAGGGUUGGCAGAGGGGCAUUCUGGGUAAUCUGUGAUGACGCGGCUGUGGUGCUGCUGCAUUCGCCAACAUGCGCCAUGAGACCAGCUGCGUUCUGCCAGACCAUGUAGUGUUUUAACCGCAUAGAAUUCAGUCCGCUGGCCAUAUAGCCUCUGAUCUGGGCACAUCUGUGAUCAUCUCUAAAAGCAUUUGCUAUACUCACCAAACAGCAUACAGUAUUGCACUUUUUCGCACACGUGCGGGCGCAGACUUAGCUGCAGCACCUCCACACUUCAGAUUCCUCAAGGGUAUUCGCGAUUCUGUCUCCUGCCCCCCCAA